AUGUCCUUCAUCAGCAUAACCGCCGUCUUCCUGACACUGGGCGUCCGGGCCCUGGCCACUCCCGCCCCCGCCCCCGCCUCCGUCACCACGGACGACAUCAUUUCCGGCGAGCACAUUCCCCAGCCGGCAGGACACAACGGCCGUCGGCAAGACCUCUGCUAUCGGCGCCUUCAACGCUCCUUGGACGAGAACACCAUCGCGAAGGUCCGCGCCGACCAAAACGAGGGCGUCGUGCUCUCAGUCGAGCCCAACUGUCUCGUGGAUGGCAAGGUCCUCGCUGGCUUUGGCACCGGCAGCGUUGCAACAGUCCUAGACGGCUACAACUGGGCGUCGUCUCGCCAAAUCCGGUUUCCCGUCAGCACAACAGCGUCCGUCCUCGACGAGACGGUCAUUGCAGCCGACGACCUGGGCGUAACGACGUUGUUUGCGCCUGGCGUCGAGGUGCGGUCGCUCGGCCUCGGUAACGGCACGACCGUCUACUCGGGCACCUCGCAGGCUAUCCCUCACGUCACGGGCCUGAUUGCGUGUUUUAGGGUCAAGGAUCUGCUCACCCCAGACGAGGUGUUUGCUAGAGUGAGGGAGCUUGCUGUCGAGAGUGUGUUUAGGGAUCUUCAGGGCACCGCGAAUUUGCUCGCUUUGAAUGGCGUCGUUUCCUCCUUAGGUACCUUUCUGGAUGGCAUCGAAUUCUACAUUUACCAGCCAGUCUAA